AUGGCAGAAAAAUUGCCUUUUGCUGAUUGUUCUUUUGAUAUAAUAAUUAACGUGGAAAGUAGCCAUUGUUAUGGGGAAGGAGAAAUGGAAUUCUUUCAUGAAGUUAGCCGAGUUCUCAAAAAAGGAGGUUAUUUAUGUUGGACAGACAUUAGAACAUCCAAAGGAUUAAAAUUAACAUUAGAAUAUGCAGAAAAUUCAAAAUUAAAAUUAAUUUCUCCUCUAACAAAAAUAAAUAAACAAAUUCUUCGAGGAAUUAAAAAGACUUCUUCAAGAUAUGAAUUGUUAUUGGAAAGGGCCCCCUUUUGGAUUAAAAUAUUUGGAAAUAAUUUUAGAAAAGUUUUUGCCCCAAAUAGGGAAAAAUUGGAAAAUGGAGAGCAUUUGUAUAUGCUUGGAUGUUGGCAAAAAAGUUAA